UGUAGUGUUCUCAAAUUUUGAAAAGAAAGCUUGAAAAUUGCGAAUUGGCGAUACUCAGCCCAGUGGCCAGAUUUGUAGUGAUUCAGAAAGAGGAGAAAAUGGAGAGUGAUAGAAGCUCAAAUGUCUAUGAACCGGCUACUCUAGAUACGGAAGAAGGGUUUGAUUCUGUAGAGAUUAGAGAAGAAAAUGAAGCACGGCCAGGUAAUCGCUGUUCCCAUGAUGAUCGUGUACAUCUGGAGGCCGGUGGUGAACUUGUAAAUCCAGAUCAAGCUCCAAAUGCUGAAAUUUCGAAUGAAGUUCCAGAUGGUGAAGCUCAAGAUGAUGAGGUUCCAGCUGAUGAACAAAUCCAGCAACAAGUAGAAAUCACCAUCGACGUCCCAGAAGAUGGUCAAAUGCCGGCGGUGCCACCACAUGUUCGUAGAGUAGAUGAAAUGUCCUAUACCCCCAAAUUGGUCUCCAUUGGCCCUAUUCAUCAUAAUAGGGAGAGUUUGUGGCUGACGAAAGAAAAGAAAAGGCAGUUUCGUGAGCCUUUUCCUUUUCUGGAUGAGAGGGACGAAGAAUUACGAAGGAAAAUGGGAAACUGGGAGGCGAGAGUUAGAAGAUGCUAUUCAGAGACUUUCCAAGGGAUAAGCAGUGGUGAAUUUGUGGACAUGCUGCUGACUGAUGGUUGCUUCAUUGUAGCACUAUUUUGCCGCAAUUACAAAUGGAGCAAGGAGGGAGUUGAUGCUACUGACAACCCUAUAUUUUCAACAAGAUGGAUGCUGCCAGAAAUUGGUCGUGACUUGUUAAUGAUUGAAAAUCAGCUUCCUUUGUUCGUGCUUAAGGAGAUAUUUAACGCAACGAAGCUGAAGCCUGAAGGAACUUCUUUUGAAGAAGUUGCUCUCGAAUUUUUCAAGUCCUUUCACAUUGGAAAGGGAGCUAUGGUCAUCAAGAAACACCAUACAGAAGGCCACCAUAAACAUUUACUUGAUUUGUUUCAUUCCUUGUAUUUACCACCCAAAUCUUCUGAUUCAGGUGCAGCUCAAAAAAGACGAAGAAACAAGAAACCACUCAUGGGCCGCCCAAGUGUGCGAGGUAAAAACUGGGUACCGAAUGCCACAGUAUUAAAAUCCUCUGGUGUUAGAUUCUAUGCAAAGGAAGGUAACUCCCUUGGAAUCCAGUUCAGAAGGGGAACAUUGAGUAUUCCCAGCAUUUCCAUUAUUGAGAGCUCCAUUAUCAUCCUUAAAAACUUGUUGGCAUAUGAACAAAGCUCUAGAGGUAUAGAACCAUUAUUUACCUCUCUGGUGUUGUUCUUUUCCAGCAUGGCAUCUGUGCCUGCUGACAUCAAACUCCUAAGAGAAGCAUCCAUCAUUCUCCACGAGCCUGGAGAUGAUCAAAUGGCCAUUGAAGUCCUGAAACUUCUCAGCAAGCAGCUCGAGUGUGACGUGAGAGAUUGCUCCAUGAAACAGCAGGUGGAAGAUAUUAGAGCAUUUUGUGGUUCCAAUAAAGCCAAAUUUUGGAAGCCCAUAGGACGCAUUUGUCCUGCCCGUUUCAUUUUGUUGUGCUUGUCUAUAGUUUUAGCUGUUACAGUAGGCCGCUAUCAUUAGAGAUAAUGGCCAUGGGCUUGAUUGAAUGGUCGAUACAAAUUGGGUCUGUCUUUUUUUUUUUUUUUUUGAGUGCUGACUUUGGUGAAGGAUGGAGGACAUUUUAAGUUGUGACAAAAUAUUAGUGUCAGCAAAUUAUAAUUUUUUUGUUUGGAUGAAUGUACUAUUUGAUGAUCAAGU